UCGAAGAGCUUGUAUGAAAACUUUCAGUAAAUGAGAUGAAUGAGAGGAGAGGAGGGGAAGACGGGCAGAAUGGAGGGCAGGUUAUGAGGCGAGCUGCGACGAAUCACUGAAGACGAGACCCGAGAGGAGACGGAUAGACAACAAAGUCACAAGCCCGAGUCCAAAGGCGGAGGCCUGAAACCCUCGCCAUGGCUGACGUGUUGGAGAGCAGCGGAGCCGGAGGUGUAGGAGCGGCCAGCGUGGACUGGCAGAAACGCUGCGUCGCUCUGGAGAUGCAGCUGCUGAGGUUCCGCCUGCAGGCAGGGAAAAUCCGAGAGCUGCUGGCAGAAAAGAUGCAGGAGUUGGAGCAGCGGGUAUCAGAAGCUGACCAGAGGGCCGAGAAAGCUGAGAAACAGAUCCAGGUCAUGGAAGAGAAGAUGAAGUCAGCAAACGUGCAAACCGGCGAACCGGAGAACUUGCUGUACAAAAAGUAUCAAGACCUGACGAGUCAGCUUCAAGAGAAGGAUGCUGUAAUCAAGAGAUUAGAGAUCCAGCUGGAACAGCAGAUGUUAGUCAGAGCCCAAGAGGCAAAAAUCAUCGAAGAGAAGGCUGCCAAGAUUAAAGACUGGGUGACCUUUAAGCUCAGAGAGAUGGAGCUGGAGAACCAGCAGCUGAAACUUGCAAAUGUGAAGCAGACGGAGCAGAUUCUGCUGCUGCAAGACAAACUACAAUCUCUCUUAGAGAAACCUGCCUCCUCUGGGUCUCCUGCUACCUCUCCUGUUUUAGAUGCCCACCUGGUGCCCUCCAGUCCGCUGUUUCCUCCCAGCUGCCCCGGCACGCCACCCGCCCAGGACGACAGCUGGAGACAGACCGCUCUGCGCGGGGCCACCUCUAAUGUCAAGAGCGUGCCAACAGAUGUGAAAAGAACUCCAGAAUUGGUGAGCAAAGGCGUUUGUCCUGGAGACCUUACAGCCUAUGAUGGUCAGAGUUGGAUCAGGGAUGGACCCGGCGGCUCCAUCAGUGGACCAGAGCUCACCGAGGGCCCAGAGAGCAAAGCCGGGCUCUCUGACAGAGACAACUCCUCUGACGAGCUCAGCAGCAAGUUCCGCUCUCAGUGCCUUCACUCCUCCUCGUCCUCUUCGUCCUCGUCCUCUGCCUACGAGAUGGCGCACGCGCCGAGCUCUCCUGGGCUGACCCUGACGGCAGCCCCCACAAGCCCCCACCUUUCCCGCUCGCCCUCCACCAACAACCCCUUUCCCAUUUCUCCUCAGCCUCCGGGCCAUCAGUCAGGCACCAGCAUGACGUUGCCCAAGGUACGAACUCCGCUCACCCCCAGAGACAGCAUCCAGCUGGUCAAGAAGCACUACAGCCAGCCACAGCCCACCCUGGACAGACUGCACCAGCUCAACGUCAGCAUAGACAUCACCACGCCGUCCUCCGCCUCCUCCACCCUGAAGAGCACAGCCACCGCCGCUUCGCCGUUCUCUCAGCUCGUGGAAGAAACGGACAUCGACGACGGGCUCCUUGACAGCAUGGAAGGGGUGGUGGAGGGGACGGAAGCGGAGGAGCUGUCUCAGGACGGGGUUUCCUUCGUGGGACUGGCAGAGGAGCUGGAGCAGUUGGAUCCGGAGAUGGUCAAGCCACCAACUCCUCCUCUGCAUCGCUUCCCCUCAUGGGAGAGUCGGAUCUACGCUGUGGCAAAAUCAGGAAUGAGAGUAUCGGAGGCCGGGGCCAUAGCCAGGGGCCCUGGACGAGGCUCCAUCUUACCCCAGUAUCCUGCAGCCGGUCCUUUCACACAGCUUAUCUAUAAGAAUAUCAGCGUUCCAGUCUACACCACACUGAAAGGGAAAGCCACUCAGAUCAGCAGCGUGCCUCUCCCGGAUGAUGACUCCGGUUCAGAGGACGACAGCAGCUCUCUGGCCAGUUUGCGCACCUCCAUCCUGAGCCCAGAGAGGAAAGGCAGCGUUCCCGGGAGCCCCCGUGCUGUAAAGAGAGGUGUGUCCAUGUCCUCCAUCAGCUCUGAGAGUGAUUAUGCCAUCCCACCUGAUGCUUACUCCCUAGACAGCGACUACUCUGAACCUGAACACAAAGUCCAGCGCACUUCAUCCUAUUCCUGUGAGAGUACCGGGCCAGAGACGCUGGAGAAGUCGGGGUAUCUGCUGAAAAUGGGCAGUCAGGUGAAAGCCUGGAAACGUCGCUGGUUCGUCCUGAGGAACGGAGAGAUACUCUACUACAAAUCUCCUAGUGACGUAAUCAGAAAACCUCAGGGUCAGAUUGAGCUGAACUCAUCCUGCUGCAUAGUACGUGGAGAGGGAGCGCAGACCUUUCAACUGAUAACGGAGAAGAAGACCUUCUACCUGACGGCGGACUCCCCCAACAUUCUGGAGGAGUGGAUCAGGGUUCUGCAGAACAUCCUGAAAGUCCAGACCAGCAGCCCUAUUGCUGUGGAGACGAGGGCAAAGCCCAUUGUGAGAGGCUGGCUUACAAAGGUCAAGCACGGACACUCGAAGCUGGUGUGGUGUUCUUUGGUUGGAAAAGUCUUCCACUACUUUCGCAACCAGGAGGACAAGCUUCCUCUGGGUCAGCUGCAGAUGAGGGAGGCAUCUGUGCUGGAGGUCGAUCGCUCCUGCGAUUCAGACGAGGACUACGAGGCAGGCGAUCGGGGAUUCCUCUCCUCUCACUGCACCCUAGUGGUCCAACCCAAAGACCAGAGUCCCACUUACCUCCUCAUUGGCACCAAGCAGGAGAAGGAUACAUGGUUGUAUCACCUGACUGUAGCAGCUGGUAGCAACGCAACGUUGAAAGUAGGCACAGAGUACGAGCAGCUCAUUGGUAAACUCAUGGAUGUGGAGGGAGACCCAGAGUCUGUGUUGUGGAAGAGCGAGGCCUUGAGCUUCUGUAAGGAGGGUCUGCGCUUGCCUCUCACCACUUUGCCGUCUGAAGCUCUGCAGACCGAAGCUCUCAAACUCUUCAAGUCCUGUCAGCUUUUCAUCAACGUGCUGGUUGAGUCUCCUUCUGUCGAUUAUCACACGUCGCUGGCCCAGAAUGCUCUGCAAGUGUGUUUGACCCACCCGGAGCUGCAGAACGAGAUGUACUGCCAGCUGAUCAAGCAGACCAACCGCCGGAUGCCUCAAAACUACUCCCUCACCCAGUGUUGGCAGCUGCUGUCGUUGUGUGUGGCACUGUUCCUCCCACAGCAGCACUUCCUCUGGUACCUGAGGCAGUAUCUUCAGCAUAACGCUGAUCCCAGGACUGAGGUGGGGAAGUAUGCUGUAUACUGUCAUAGAUCCUUGGAGAGAACACUACAGAACGGAGAGCGGGAAGCGAAACCUUCCCGGAUGGAGAUAGUAUCCAUCCUGCUGAGGAACCCCUACCAUCAUUCACUGCCUUUCAGCAUCCCAGUUCACUUUAUGAACAACACUUAUCAGGUUGUUGGGUUUGACGGCUCCACUACAGUGGAAGAGUUCCUAAACACACUGAACCAGCGGAUCGGCAUGAGGCGGCCCCAGCUGACAGGGUUUGCCCUCUUCACCGAUGAUCCGUCUGGCAAAGACCUGGAGCACUGCCUGCAGCCGUCAGCCAAGAUCUGUGAUGUCAUUUCCAAGUGGGAGCAGGCUCUGAAGGAGCUGCAUCCUGGGAAAAAUGAAGGGACGCGCAUUGUUCGGCUAAUCUACAAAAACAGGCUGCGUUUCAGAGCUCAGGUGAAAGGAGAGACGGAGCGAGAGCGCCUCCUGCUGGUGUACCAGGUGAACGAUGAAAUUCAACAAGGCCUCUUCCCUGUGAACAAAGAGCUGGCUCUGGAGGUGGCUGCCCUCAUUGCACAGGUUGAACACGGGGAUUUUGAGCGACCAUGCGUGUCCCUGCCUGCCGGCUCGCCUCAGUCUAAAUCUCAGCUGAUUCUUCUGCAAGCCUUGGAGCGCUUCUAUCCAAAACGCUACAAACAGGAAUGCACCACCGAGCAGCUGAGAGAUCUGACCGAGCGUCUUGCCUCCAAGUGGUCGAUGCUUCGUGGGUGCAGUGCGUCUGAGUGCGUUAGAAUAUAUCUGACUGUGGCACGGAAAUGGCCCCUGUUUGGGGCUAAACUCUUCAGUGCAAAGCCGGUUCCUCCUUCUCCUGUUGACCAGGGACAGGUGUGGCUGGCAGUCAGUGAGGACGGACUGUGUGUGCUGGACGGCACGAUGCACACCUUGUUCAUGUACCCCUACCAUUCCGUGAUCACUUUCGGUGGAUGUCGUGACGAUUUCAUGGUGGUCACCAGCCAGCAGAGGGAGUCCGGAGUUGGGAAGAAGAAUGUAGAAAAGCUGGUUUUUGCAAUGGCUAAACCAAAGAUACUGGAGCUGACUCUGCUCAUGGCUAGCUACAUUAACCACUGGAACCCCACCGUCCCGUCGUCUUGCCACCAGCCCCUCGGCCAGUGGGAUGUGGACAGCCGGCACUUUCCUGCCAUGAACUACACCACCAAGGGCCCAACCCUACUGUAAGCAGCAGCAGCAGAGAGGAGUCAUGACUGCAGUUACUGUGCACUUGGGCGCACAACAUCCUGAGUUUUUAUUCUUAUGGAACAUAUCUUUUUUUGUUGUUGUUGUUAUUCUUAACAUCAACACUGAGAUUAAAAGUAGCAGGAUGACUCCUGUUAUACGGUUUAUUUCUACAAGAGAGUAUUACAAUCAGCUUUUCUUCUUUUUUUCCACUUAUUUUAUUUAUUACGGCUAUUGGAGGUACUGCUCAGAUUUCUGUCUGUCACUGCAAAUAUUUGCCGUAAAACACAUGGAUGUGACAAACAACAUUUUAUUUUAUAAAAAGUUACUGCUUGAACAUGCAGGCCAUGUAGUGGCAUGUGGUGGGAAAAUGAUCAGGAGUAUCAAUUCCCCCUUGAACUUUUCCACUUUUUUUCUCACGUGACAGCUACAAACGACAUGUAUUUUAUUUGGAUUUUAUGUUAGGAAACAACACAAAGUUAUUCACAGUUGUAAAGUCCUCUGAACUAAUCAGGCGUAUAUGAGCGCCAUCAUCAUGUCUAAUAAAAUCAGCUUGGUCACAGGGUUUGUUGCUAUGCAGCUGAAUAAAUAAUUUGAUUUAUUUUCAGGAUCUGAUGUUACUUAUGUAAUAUUCUAAAAGCAUGUUUGUACUGUUCCAGCUGAUUAACAUGGAUAUCCUUUUUAUUGUCUCUAAAGGAGUAUAUUUUAUUAUUAUUUUCUAAUGGCUCACUUUACUCCUUUGCCGGCUGUUUUACUGGGAAUUUGUUUCAGUUAAAAACUGUAAAAAGCAACAUCAGUACUGAUUUUCUGAUGUUUUUGGAGAUGCUGGUUCUUCUGGCAAACAAAAACAGCAGCCAAAAUAGAUUUUUGCAAUCCGUAAAUGAUAAAUUAUUACUCUGGAAUUAAGCAGCAUAUUUGGUCAAAGGAGUUGUUUGAGACUUGAAAUGUACAUUUUAGGACUUGGGUUUGACUCGGGACUUACAUGUUUUUACUUUGGAGUCGACUUGGGACUUAUAUGUGUUUACUUGAGACCAGCAAAACCACCAUUUUAGUCCGACUUUGGAUUUAUACUAGGAUUAGAUCACACAGAUCAACUAUAUUUAUGUGACUUCUCAAAGCUCAGGAUUUUAUUUUGGGGUAUCAGAUUAAAGGAGGCUUUAAUAGAAAUGCAAGUCACGUUUUUGAGACGUUUAUAUUGAAAAUGUUUAGGAAACCAUUUAUCACUUCCAUUCUUUUACAUGACUCUUUGUAACAAAAUGUGAAAAAGUUCGAGGGAUGUGAAAACUUUUGCAAGGUACAGUAGUUAUUUGUCUCAAAUACAUCGAUGCAGUCAUAUUAUCACUCGAAUUGAGAUAUGGAAUUGGUUAUGGCAGAUAAAGGUAACUGAUAGUGUUUAAGCUUCUAUUAAAACAUGAACUCUCUUAUCUGCCAAAUUAACAUAAAGGAGUAAAAACUGCCUUUUUAACAGGUUUCCAGUUUACAGUCUUAAGAAACUAAUGAUGAUUCAACAUUUUUUUUAGUUCUUUGAGUUUAUCAGAGUUUUGGCAUAGCCCAAAGUAGGCCUUACAGAAAUAGAUGGGGUGAUCAUGAACGAUCACAAGGGUUCAUAACAAACCAUGAGAUAGAGCAAUUAGCCUCCCACUAUGUGUAUGGAGUGCAACAGAAGACUUGUGCCGUUUUCCUGUGCUGCAGUCACUAACACUAAGACCACUCACAUGCUUCAGUGACAGUUUCUACGAGGAGCUAUCAACCAUUUGAAAGACUUGAACCGCUUUGGAUAAACCACUGUUUCACUUGUGUUUUUAUUACUAAUUUAUUUGUUCUGUAAGGAUUUGGGACUCUGAAAAGGUUUUCCAUGAUUGCAAUGUUUUCAUUAGAGGACCUCCAUGCAGGCUUGCUGGGGUAAUUUAAUUACAAAGUAUGUUUUCUUUGUUUGAUUUUUGUUGUUUCUGUUACGUUGCUUGUUCACAUGUGAGGUAAUAAAGUAAAUGGUACGAUCCCUAAACUUUGAAAA